AAUUGGAUCGGCAGCAUCGCUUUUGCUAGCUUGAGAUGAGCGACCAUGGCUGCAUACAUUUGAAUAAUUUCAAAGCAGCCAAAGGCAUCCAACCAUACAAAGUGAUACACUCUUAUUUCGUGACCAGUACAUCGACUGAAGCACGUGUCAGGAAGGCUGUGAGCUGUUUGUGUCACACAUGUAAAACUUACAAGGAUCGUCUACACUCUUGUCUUCAUUGCAUAUUUUUUGGCUGCUAUGUAAAAGGUCAUAUACAAGAGCAUGCGAAAACGAAGAAACAUUUUCUAGCCGUUGAUCUGUGUUAUGGAAAUAUUCUGUGUUUCCAAUGCGGUGACUAUGUAUACGAUAGAGAGCUGUUAACAGUAGCGAAAGCGCAAUGGAGCGAGUCGGCAAAAUCUUUAAGCUUUGGAGAAUUCUAUCGUGCGUGGGAGCCUACGCAAAUAGAGACGGAAUUGCUGAGAAAGCAUCCGCGCCGAAGACGUGUUGUAGAAAAUUCUACUAUAGGUUUAAGAGGACUGAUCAAUCUUGGGAAUACUUGUUUCGUGAACUGUAUCGUACAGGCACUGAUUCACACUCCGCUGUUACGAGACUACUUUCUUGCUGACCGUCAUCACUGCCCGCAACCGAGUCGUUGUCUGGUCUGCGAGGUAUCUCACUUGUUUCAAGAGUUCUAUUCCGGCAACAAGGCUCCACUGACACUUCACAAACUUCUCCAUCUGAUUUGGACUCACGUCAAACAUUUAGCGGGUUAUGAACAACAGGACGCCCACGAAUUCUUUAUUGCUACAUUGGAUGUUCUUCAUAGACACUGCGAAGCCGCUCCGAUACUGAUCAAAGACAACCCUCACAACUGCAAAUGUAUCAUCGAUCAGAUAUUUACUGGGUGCCUUCAAAGCGAUGUUGUUUGUCAGGCUUGCAAUGGAGUUUCUACUACAAUAGAUCCGUUUUGGGACAUAUCUCUGGAUCUAACUUCGGCAGCUAGUGCCUCUAGUUCUGAUGCACCUGGGACAUCCACCUCCUUGCUAGACUGUUUGGAAAAAUUUACCAGAGCCGAACAUUUAGGUUCUGGCGCAAAGAUUAAAUGUAGCAAUUGUGAGACUUACCAAGAAAGCACAAAGCAACUGACGAUGAAGCAAUUGCCAAUUGUGGCGAUCUUUCAUCUAAAACGCUUUGAACAUUUUAUAAUCCAGGAUAAAAUUUUUAAGAAAAAGAUCUCUACAUUUAUCUCGUUCCCAGAACAACUGGACAUGACACCAUUUAUGUCACAUAGGCGCAAUGGCAACAACAAUAGCUCUAUGCUAGACGGUUUAUUAAAAAAUGGAGAGGAUAUGAGUUUCAGUGAUAAUAGGUAUUCUCUGUUUGCCGUAAUAAAUCACGAGGGUUCUUUAGAGACUGGACAUUAUACUGCUUUUAUCAGGCAACAGAAAAAUCAAUGGUUCAAAUGCAAUGAUCAUUUGAUCACGCGAGCCAAGUUGAAGGAUGUCUUGACCAGUGAAGGAUAUCUCUUGUUUUAUCACAAGCAAAUUUUGGAGUACAGUUGAAAUAAUAGUCUGAGAGACAAGAAAGUAUAUGAAUUAAGUCAUGUAAUUAAUUUAUUUAACAAAGGAUUGCAAAAAACCGCUGCUGAAGCUAGACAGUCAGUGACACUUCGCGUUUAUCUGAUAUAAAUUAUUGUCAUCGUCGCUUUUUAGUUUCUGCCGGCGCCUUUUGUGUUCGAUGGAGGUACGUCGUUUGACUGCCUGAUCGAUGUCUAUAUGAACGUAAGCAUAGAUAUUAAGAUUAGCUCAAUUUUUUUAAAUUAGUUGAUCGCAAUUUUUAUAUUGCUGACUGUUGUUAUACUCCUGCCCCGACACACAUACAAUACACGCGCGCGAUCGUAUUAUACACGUUGGAAGAAUAGGCCUCCUGUAUAUUUUCUUUUUAAUUUCUAUACUUGACGGCAGAAUAUCAAUAUCCGAUCUCUAAAACAACACAUCAGUGUAAACAUGCAGUGACAUAUUGUCGUUUAUCGACGUCUCGGGUUUCUUUUAACACAUUCAAUAUGUCAUUAAUUAAUUCACAAGAUCGGAAAAGAAAAUUGUAUUAUUUUCUAUAUUUACAAGUUAGGCUUCUAUGAAAUUAAUUAAUAUUAUUGGUGCAGGCAAUUGAAUAAAAUGUUAUACAUAAAAAGAUUAAUGUCUUUUUCAUAUUACAGAAAAUAAAGUUUUGCUGACAUAGAAUUCAGCAUUCCAUAUGAAGUCUGAUAUUUUGUCGUGUGUGUGUAUGUGUGCUAUAGAAUUGUACAGUGAUAUAAUUUAUCUAAUACUUAUAAUCUCUGGUAUGGCUAUCCCUGGCGACUUUGUACAGACGAAACAUGUUUUACAACAAAUAUAGAAGAUAUUGUAUAAUUUGAAACAAACUCUUUCAAUAGAUUUUGUAUAAUAAAAAUCGCUGCUCGA